CGGAAGUUCUAUGAGAAGUUGGUGCGAUGGAUGCCAGUCGAAAGACAAUCGUGAACAAUUCCAUGAGAGAAUAGUCGUUCAGAUGAUGUGACUUACAGGGGCCUGCCAAACUUGGCUACCUAAUGCUGUGCAUGAAUCAGUCUUCUGCAUCAUACAUGUACACACUACAAGAAUUCUUUUGGUACCACUAUGUAGAGCUCUGGUUGUUCAAGGCCUGCCUCCAAGAAGCUACCAUUUCUACAGUUUGAAACUUAACUAUCACUGUCGUUCGUGUGUGGGUGGUGUUGAGAUGACUCAAGUAAACACACAGGAUCCUCAGAGUUGCUCAUGAUGGGUUGCAGCUUCUCGCGCAGUCAUGCACGUGAGACCAACACAAGAGUGUUCCGCGUCUACAACGUCGACGACCAGGGACUGGAGCUGAAUCCGGGCAAGAUAGAAGUCGGGGACACCGACCUCAUUCUGUACCAGCGCGGGAAGGAACCGAUCAGGUGGCCCCUGCGCUGCCUCCGGAGGUACGGAUUCGAUGCUGAGCUGUUCUCCUUUGAGAGUGGGCGUCGCUGUCCCACGGGGGCCGGGAUCUAUGCCUUCAAGUGCCGCAAUGCAGAAUCCCUGUUCAACAUGGUGCAGGAGUGCAUCCAGAGAGCCGGGCAGGAGGAUGUGAACCGCGCUAGUCAGAACAUUCUCGGUCCUUCCAGUCGGCCCAACAGCAGACCGCAGUCUCUCAACGAGAGCCACGACAUGUACCGGUUUGUCGUGGCUGGUGGAGAUGGAGGUGGAGGUGGUGGAAGGAACAAUUCGGUGAGCAGUGCCAACGGUAUGCACCUCUACAUCAAUGGCUCGAUGAUCCCGGAACCCGACCACGAGUAUAUCAACACAGGGAUCCCGUCGUCGCCGAGUCCUGUGGUCGUGGACCAAACGUCGGCGCUGUUCGACUUUCUGCACAAUCCUCAGAUUCAGGCUGCAUCCCCGGAGCCGGCCGUCAACUAUGCCGUGCUGGACCUGCCCAAGAGCACCGAGAACCUGGCCGCGCUCUGCGAGGACGGCAGCGCCAUCGGCCACGAUGGUACGACCGACUCCAAGCUGGAGGUCAACAGCAUGUCGGGGGCUGUGGGAGCAGAUGAUGUUGUGCUAUCACAGGAAGCCGACGGCGCCGCGGACUACGACUGCACCUCCUGCCCCAUGUACAUCAACAUCGGCGCCGAAAUGGCCUUCUCGCCGAAGGAAAAAGCACUGCCGAAUGGCCUGAGCAUCAAACCGACAGUCGAUCACAAUUAUGCAAACCUGGGUCUGCCCGAGAGCUCGGCCCCUCAGUGGACAAACAGCACCCCACCGCGUGCGCGACACAAGGAGGUGGUCAAGGUGAACUACAUUCAGCUCGACCUGAAGAACCAGUGUUCAGAGAGUCUGGCCAACGGAGUCCUGGCCUCACCGACCUCCGCGCACAGUCUGAGCGUCUUCCCGGAAUCACCCUGCAGGAAGACGGAGAGCUACGCCAUGAUCGACUUCGAUAAAACAGUCGCUCUGUCGAACACUGCCAAAAAUGUGGACGACUUGAGGGUGGAGCCCGGGGUGCGCAAAACGAGACACAACUCUGUGAUUCCGAAUCUCCACUAGCAAUCAUCAUCAUCAUCAUCAUCAUCAUCUUCUUGUUCGUCUUCUUUCUUCAUAGCUUUAUGUGACUCGCCAAAGGUCCAUUCGUUUUGGAUUGGGAGUGAAAUUGUUAUUUAACUCACAACAUGUUUCAGCUGAAAUGGUUCUAGUCCCAACUGGUGUUUUUUGUGUGUGUUUUUUUCCAUAUCUGCAAUAUGUUUUUCAAUGCUCAUAUUCGUGUGUUCAGCUCGUAUGGGCAAAACAAUGGUAGAAAUCGGAGAUGUAAUCGUGCAAUUACACAUAUACACAGAUGUAUAUAUAUAGUGUUGUGUUGAUGAUUUUAUGUAAAUGUGUAGAUGUACAUGUAUGUAUUAUAUGUAUAUGAAUAUAGUUAGUUGUACCUGAAUAUGGAUGUACAAUAAGGUAAUACUCAAAACCUGACUACUGCAGAGAUGAAAACAAUGCACACUAUUAAUGAGAAGAGAGAUUGUUUAACAAUGUGUUUAUGCAUUAAAGGGAGAUACCCUAGUUUUUAAACACUAAGGCAUAUUUUUAAACUAUUAGAGCCGUUUUUGGUAACUGAAAUCAUACUUUACUUAGAUUUUAUUGUUUAGAUUAUCCAUUUCCGUACAUUC